UAAAGGCAUUGUUUUUCUCACUUUGCCAAACAGAGCCCCAACAAGAGACCCUAGAUGCAAACCCUGGAAUUCUCUUCCCCUACCUCCAUCAUCGUCGUCAUCAUCACACCCCAGUAGCCACCAUAAUUGAGGAAGUAAGCACCAACCCUCUUCUUCUUCUUCUUCUUCAUAGAUUUGUCGGUGAAUUUGGAUUUCUCCGCUCUCUCUUUCUCUCUUCUUCCUCUUCCGUGGAAUUCAACGAUGGAGUUCGCAAAAGGUGACGCCUUUCCUCUCCCUUCUCUUCCCUGAAACCUUUUUUGCCCAGAUUAGAUGAACCCUCAAUCGGCCCAAGACCCUUUCUGAUUCGAACUCCGUCACUUCCUCUGGAGGAUAGAGAGAAAGAUUUGUUGUGCCUCCCCUUUUUUUCUUGGUGGGUUUAGAUGAUGGUGGAGGAGGAAGCGGUUUCGGGGGUCGCCGGCCAAGAGAGCCCGGCGGCGGCGAAGAAGAGGGGGUUGAACGGCAGGGAGAGGCCGUACAAGGGGAUAAGAAUGAGGAAAUGGGGCAAGUGGGUGGCCGAGAUUCGGGAGCCCAACAAGAGGUCGAGGAUUUGGCUGGGGUCUUACUCGACGCCGGUCGCGGCGGCGAGGGCCUACGACACGGCGGUGUUCUACCUCCGCGGACCCUCGGCUCGGCUCAACUUCCCGGAGUUCCUGGGGGCGGCGGCGGCGGAGGGCGGCGGCGGCGGCGGCAGCUGCGGCGACAUGACGGCCGCUUUCAUAAGGAAGAAGGCGACCGAGGUCGGCGCGAGCGUGGACGCGGCGCUCAACAGCGGCGGCCACGGAUCGGUGCUCAAGAACGGCGGGUCGGGUUUAGGUCACGAGUACAAGGGCUGUGGUGGGUUCUUGCAGAGGGUGGUGGAUUUGAACAAGGUGCCGGAGCCCGAGGACUCGGAUGGUGAAUUCGAGAAAGCUUAGGGGGGGAAAUUGGGAAAAAAAGAAGAAGAAGAAAAAGGUGGUCCUGAUUUCUCCCUGUUUCUCUCUUUCCCUCUGGCGGUGUUUGAAGGAGGGUGGUGGUCUUGGUGGUGGUGGUGGUGGUGGCUGAAGAUAUGAUGAGGCCUAAGUGGGGUUAGUCUUUUACUGUCUCUUUUUGUUUAGUUUUUGAUUUGUUCCUUUUUUUUCACUCUUUCCCCUUUCGAAUUUUUGGAUUUGGAUCAAGAAAUUUUGAUGCUGUACAAAAAGGGCCAAUAGCUAAUUAAAUUGAAUUAUUAACAAAAAAGAGACCUUUCCCCGCCUUGCUC